AUGGAUCGAGGCCCUUUGUUCCGGACUAUCAUGCAUGAUGUUUUCGGAGAUGGCAUCUUCGUAGCAGAUGGUGCAGCGUGGAAGAGAGCUCGACAGGCCACCUCGACAAUCUUCAGUAUCAAAACAUUCAAGACCAUUAUCGCCCCUUCCGCCAAUAAAAGCAUGGAUGGGCUGCUUGAUAUAUUGAAGUCGACUGUGAAAGCGAAUCACAGCAUCGACUUUUGUGACCUCUUCUUCCGGUUCACGAUGGACUCCUUUGUCCAGAUGACCUUUGGAAAAGAUUUGGGCCUUCUUGGUACCGAUUAUUAUGACAAAGGAAAAGCAUCAUUGCCAUCGAAACUCUCCCCAGUGUCUAUUCCUUUCGCGGAUGCGUUCGACUUUGCACAGGAUCAGAUUGACUUCAGAUUCUCGGCUGUCAGAGGAUGGCAGCUGAUCGAGAAGCUCGUUGGUUCGAUCGGAAAACGCAUGAAAGCCUCGUGUUGUGUUCUGGAUGACUACGCAUACUCCUUAAUUGAUGAGCGAAUGGCUAGUCUGGCUCAGUCAUCCGAUUGCGAAAAGAAAGAAGGAGAACAGACUGAUUUGUUGGGCAUUUUCAUGCAUACUCGUGACAAGCGUGGAGGUGGGUUGGGACGCACCGAGUUAAGGGAUACGACGCUGAACCUCAUCAUUGCCGGUCGUGACACUACUGCGGAAGCACUUUCCUGGGCCUUCUUUCACCUGUUGAUGAACAAAGAUUUAAUUUCCAAAAUUCGCGAGGAGGCGAUUGAGAUUUUGGGCGAUGCGAAUGAAGAUCAAGAACGCGUAACCUAUGAAAAUUACAAACGAUUUAUCUGGACUAAUGCGAUGAUACUUGAAACAUUGAGAUUGCAUCCGAGUGUCCCGAAGAAUGUAAAAUGCGUUGCCUCUCAUGAUCAAAUCCCUGGUGGACCAACUGUCGAAGCUGGUGAUUUGGUUCGAUGGAGUGGCUGGCAAAUGGGCCGUGAUGCAUCGUUGUGGGGAUCGGAUUGUGGAGAAUACAAACCAGCUCGUUGGAUUGAUGAGAAAGGCAGUAUUAAACAAUUUGGACAGUACAAAUUUAACGCGUUCAAUGGCGGUCCAAGGAUUUGUCUUGGUAUGAAUCUCGCGAUGUUCCAGGCUGUCAAGGUGAUCGUCGAGAUCUUCAAGGAUUUUGAUCUGGAUUUCGCCAAAGGAUGGUAA